UCGUGGAACCGAUAUCACAAUGGCUAGCUGCAACAACUCGAUAGUGGCACCGCUUCCGGACUCUGUGGUUAAGAAGCAUGGUGUCAAGACCAUUGAAAGCAACAAUGCAGUGACCGGCGCUCAGAACCUUACUCUCAAGCAGUCGAUUCUGCCCGUAUGCCUUGUUACCAUCCUUUUCUUCCUUUGGGGCUUUGCAUAUGGACUUCUUGAUGUCUUGAACGCCCAUUUCCAGACUGCUCUGAACAUCACCAAGGGCCAGAGCGGUGGCCUUCAAGCAGCGUACUUCGGAGCGUAUGCUAUUGGACCUCUGACUUACUCUGGUUGGAUCGUUAGAAGGUUCGGCUACAGAUGGGCCUUCAUCACAGGUCUCUGUAUCUACGGUGUUGGUGCUCUUAUGUUCUGGCCAUCAGGACUCAAGCGCAGUUUCGGAGGUUUCUGUGGAUCGAAACACAAGACUGUCAAAGUUGCUGACUCUGCGCAAGAANUGUUCAUUGUUGGAUCCGGUCUUUCGACUCUUGAAACUGCUGCCAACCCCUUCAUCGCUACUUGCGGUCCUGCAAAGUACUCUGAACUGCGUUUGACUCUGGCUCAAGCCUUCCAGGCUGUGGGAACUGUCGUCGCGCCUGUUCUGGCAAGUCAGGUCAUCUUCAAGAAUGUUGAUGACACUUCGCUCCAAUCAGUCCAGGGUAUCGCCAUCUUCGUCUUCAUUCUUGCCGUUGUCUUCUUUUUCGCUCCUAUUCCUGAGGUCACCGAUGCCGACAUGGCUGCUCAGGCAGCAUCCAGUGGUACCGAGACUGCCUUCGAGGACAAGCCACUGUCUAAGCAAUACACUCUCUUCUUCGGUGUGGCCGCCCAGUUCUGCUAUGUCGGUGCUCAAUACUUCAUCAACUACGUGUCUGCUGUCCGUCCUGGCACGACCCACGCUACUGGCGCCAACCUUCUCGCUGUGGCCCAAGGAUGUUUCGCCAUUGGUCGUUUCAUCGCCAGUGGUUUGCUCAAGAUCACCAAGCCUCGUCUGGUCCUCAUGGGCUUCCUCUCCGGUGUGGUCCUCUUCGCAUGCCUGACUAUGGGUCUCAAGGGUAACGCCGGUAUCGCAUCCAUCUCACUGGUGCUCUUCUUUGAGUCGUGCGUGUUCCCUCUGAUCUUCGCUCUGUCGAUUAGAGGUCUUGGUCGUCACUCCAAGCGCGGUGCCAGUUUCAUCGUUGCUGCUGUGUCUGGUGGUGCUUUGUUCCCUCCUGUUCNNUUGAGUACAGUCGCCGAUCACAUUGGCACUCAGAAGGCGUUCUUCGUCCCUCUGAUCGGCUUUGUUAUUGCAUGGUGCUUCCCUCUCUACCUCAACUUGUUCAAGGCUAAGAGCUUGGAUGGCUGGACCGAGGAGAAGGCUCCUGUUGUCGCUGAGAAGGAUGUCGAGAGCAUGCAUGACGACGAUGACGAGAAGAAGGGUGCUGCUAUCGAGCACCAAGAGAUUAGAGCU